GGUUGGACAACAUCCAGAGGGUAAAAUGUCGCAGUACUCCGGAAAGGUGAGUACGAUGAGGAUGAGUAUACAACACGCAGCUUCAGCUUCUGGGUAGAUCCUCUGGAGAGUGAGACCAGUCUGUAGAUCAGCUGUGACCUGGAAGAGAGCGAGUCAGAAGGAAACUCUUUAACCACAGAUAUCCUCAGGUGUUUGAUGGAAACGAGCGAAAGAAUCAGUCUGGAGUUAGUUUUGAAAUUAGAUUUAAAUUCAGAGGAAAACACGAUGAGAUUCAUGUCCUCCAGAUAUCGUCACCUGAAAUCACCUGUUUUCGUUUUUAUUAUCAGAGUUCAGUGAGAUGAUGAUCUGUCCGUCUGAGGUGGCUGAAAAUCUCUCAUAGUUUUAAAGGAUAUCCUUCUCUUUUAUUGUGAAAGUGAUGCUUUUAUUUUUUCGUCUCCUUUAUGUCAGAUUUAUAACAAAUUUGGUUCCUUCUAUUUGAACUUCCUCCCCGGUUAAAAACUAGGAUUUACAGUUCUGGUCUUUACGAACUGAUUAAACUCUUCACCAUGUUGUUUUUAUUUUUAGAUUAUUUUUGGGCCUUUGUGCUUUUAUUUUGAUAGGACAGCUUUAGAGAGAGGGGAAUCGAUCCUAUGACUAGCGUGAUGAGCACGGUGGUCCCUUGACAUGGGGCGCCUGCUCUACUAACUGAUCUGUCAGCGAAAAGAGUGGGGGCGGAGUCAGGGGGUGGGGCUAAAACAUAAUUUGGAACCCUGAAAUGCCAAACCAUGAUUGGCUGUUUGUCCUGGAGGCGGGACUUGUAUUUAAAUCAACCAUCAGGCAACAUUUAACAGGCUGCUCGUAGCUUCUUUGUAUUUCGGUGUGGAACUUUCUGAAUUUGAAUCCUUAUAAUUAAUUCUCUUUCUUAUGUUGUAAAAUAUGAGUGACUUUUGUAAGAGCUUCAGUGAAAAUAAGGAGAUCCUGCUGUCCUUGUUUUCAGAUAAAUCCAGAUUCUGUUAGAGCACAACCCCUUAAAAAUGUUAAAUAAAUUCACUUCUUUUAUGUUUCCCCCCAUGAGUGUCUUUAAGGAUCAAAUCUGUCAGACAAGUGGAAUAAAUAAACAUUACUUUGCCAACAGUGAGGAACUGCAGUGUUCAGGUGGAGAGUAUCUAAUUUUUUCUUCAUGUUUUCUUCCAGAUCACUUUUUUUGAGGGGAAAUGUUUCACCGGCAGGAAGCUGGAGGUCAGAGGAGACUGUGAUAAUUUCCAGGACCGCGGCUUCAUGAACAGGUGACUCUAAAGUUUACUCUUCAGGUUCUCCGAUUCAAGCUCCAAGACCCCAGGAGAGUGCAGAUCCUGGUCUGAGCAUGCUGGUGAAUCUUGUGUGUAGGGACAGUAAAUUUGGAGAAAGUUUAAAUGAGUUAUUUCUGAGGAACAUUAACACUGAAAUUGAGGAAUAAAAGAUUAAAAUACUUCACAGAAAAAAAGAAAGUGUGAUUAAAGACUUGAACAGGAAACACCCUGACCUCCUCGGACUCUGUGAUCCGCUCUAUUUUCAGGGUGAACUCCAUCCGUGUGGAGAGCGGAGCCUGGAUCUGCUUCGACCACCCGGACUUCAAGGGUCAGCAGUACAUACUGGAGCACGGAGAGUACCCAGAAUUCCAGAGAUGGAACUCCCACAACGACCACAUGGGAUCCUGCAAACCCAUCCGCAUGGUACACUUCAUUAACCUUGAUUUCAUAUCACCAGGUCGAACACUUUCCUGCUGUAGAAGACAGUCAUUCAACAAAGUUCACAGAGAGGCAGCAGAAUCAGAAAUAAAUUAUAGUGGUCCAGUUUUACCCUCAUUUGUGGAUGCAGUGAUGAACUGUGUUUGAGGUUAAACAUCAGAUAAUGGAGAUGUGUUAAAAGUUCAUCCUGAAACAAAAACAUUACUUCUGUACUUAUAAAUCGGACUUUGUCUGUUUCGCCCCUCAGCAUGGAGAGCACUAUCGUAUCGAGCUGUUCGAGGCCUGUAACUUCUCCGGUCAGAGUGUGGAGAUCUGUGAGGACUGUCCCUUCCUGCAGAGCCGCGGAAUGUCCAAGAGCUGCAUCAACUCCCUCAAGGUUUUCGGAGACGGAGCGUAAGUCUGACACUCAACACUCAACACACUCACAUGUUUCUGUGUCCUCCUCUUUAGUCUGAUACAACAUACUCACACGUACUCACAGUCAAGACUGUGUUAUAGUUUUGUUAAGUAUAUUUCAGUAUGUUUGUAGGUUUAAAGACUUACAUGUCACUACUAGGUGUUUUUGCCACACUAAUAACUCAUACAGCCAUCCUUAAAAAAAGCUGGAAUAACCCUUUAACAAAGUGCCAGUUCAUGUUCAGAGUUCAGUCCUGCUCCCCAGAGGAUGAUCUGACAAUCACCUGUAUCAGAUUGGCUGCAGAGACUUGUCAGUCUGUCCUCACACAGAAAAAUCUCCACCACUAUUAUAGUUUUAUUUGGCCCUGAGUCUUUAUGAUUGGAUGGUUCAGUUCUUACUCAUCCCUGAUUGGUUGUUUUCUCUGUCCUCAGCUGGGUGAUGUAUGAGGAGCCAAACUUCCGUGGUCGUAUGUACAUCGUGGAGCGUGGAGACUACUGCAGCCAUAACGAGUGGCAGGCCCAGAACCCCAACAUCCAGUCCAUCCGCAGGGUCGUCAACUACUUCUAAAGUCCCUCCCCCUUGGUCUCCCCCACCC